AUGGCAAGCCCGAAGACAAUAAAAGAAGUUCAACAACUUGCAGGAAGAGUAGCCGCCCUGUCACGUUUCUUACCUGCAGUGGCAAACCGAUCAUAUCAUUUCUUCCAAAUAAUCUCUAAGAAUAAGAAAUUUGCAUGGACCGAGGAAUGUGAAAAAUCUUUUGUGGAGCUCAAACAGCUCUUAGCAUCACCUCCAAUACUCCAGAGACCAGAAACAGGUAAACCAUUGCAUUUAUACUUAUCAGUAUCUAACCAUGCUAUAAGUUCGGUCCUAGUGGUUGAAACAGGGAAAAUGCAAAGCCCUGUAUACUUCAUCAGUAGGGUAUUACAGCCAACGGAGACAAGAUACCUGAGAAUAGAACAACCGGUGCUAGCACUAGUCACCACGGCAAGGAGACUAAGGCACUAUUUCCAGAGCCACACAAUAAUAGUCCGUACUGACCAACCUCUGAGACAGAUAUUAACCAGACCCGAGUUUGCUAGACGAUUAAUCAAAUGGUCCAUCGAGCUCUCUAAGUUUGACAUUCAGUACCAAUCAAGGAAAACCUUGAAAUCACAAAUACUGGCCGACUUCAUCUCAGAAAUGACUACCGAGGCACAACCCGCAGAGACGAGUUGGAGUAUACACGUAGAAUAUGAGGCUCUGCUGAUAGGACUAAAGCUCGCCCAACAACUCAAAAUACCUCGGAUAAUAGUUUACUGCGACUCUUUACUAGUAGUACAUCAAAUCAAAGGCGACUACCAGGUAAAAGAUCCUUUGUUAGAGAAGUAUUGGCUCAUAACAAAGGAUCUUAUUUCAAAGUUCAAUGAAUUUAACAUUAUUCAUGUAAACCGAGAGCAAAACACUAGAGCUGAUGUAUUAUCCAAAUUAGCCACUACUAGGCAGACAACAAGCACACCAGCACUAUCACAGUUGACACUUGAUAAACCGAGCUUUGAGCUAAAUACAAUAUCAAGUAUCAUGCAGGUACAGGAUUGGAGAACACCUUUCCUCAAAUACAUCAAUACAAGAACCGUACCAAAGAAAGAAUCAAGCUUACCACUCUUCCAAAGGAGGGCAAGCUUCUACACAGUGAUAGGAAGCACCCUGUACAGGCGAGGAUACUCACAACCACUCCUCAAAUGCAUCAGCAAAGAUGAGGCCGAAGAAGUCAUGGCAAAAACACACGAGGGGGUCUGCGGGAACCACAUCGGAGGCCGAGCACUGGCCGCCAAAAUAUUACAGAUAGGGUAUUACUGGCCAACAAUCAAAAGAGACUGUAUUUUAAAAGUCAAAGCAUGCAACAAUCAAAAACACGCCACAGUCUCAGAAAUUCCAUCCGAAAAGCUCCACACCGUAGAGGUAAGCUGGCCUUUCGAUAAAUGGGAACUAGAUAUCCUCAGACCUUUCCCAAAAGUGCCAGGACAGGUAAAAUUCCUUUUAGUAUCAAUAGACUAUUUCUCUAAAUGGAUAGAAGCACAACCACUAGCACACAUAACAGUAGACAAGGUGAGAUCUUUCCUAUGGAAAAAUAUCAUAUGUAGGUAUGGCAUACCAAGAGAAAUAAUCUCUGAUAAUGGAAGGCAGUUUACAGAUCAUAAACUCGCUUCUUUCCUAACAAAUUUCAACAUUAAAUAUCAUUUCAGCUCGGUUGAGCACCCACAAACUAAUGGACAGAUCGAGUCCGCUAAUAGAAUUAUCUUGCAGGGUUUAAAGAAAAAGCUCGGCGAAGCCAAAGGCGAGUAG